AUGGAGCAGGAUGAGCAAUUAAAUGUGCACGACAUUGUUUGGAAUUUCUCUGUCACUGAUCCCCGGCUUCAUUCAAAGGGAUUUACUGUUUAUAAAGUCUCCUGCAAGUGCUUUUCUAUAAAAUGCCCUGAACUUAUAACAGAGCUAGUGUGUUGGAAAAGAUAUAAUGACUUUAAAUUAUUAUACAAGUCCUUAAUGAACCUUCAUAAAGCUCAGCAUGGAAAUGAUCCUUUUCCAGAAUUUGUGAAGCCUACAAUUUUUGGUCGUUUUACUGAAAAUGUCAUUGAGAAGCGAAGACAAAGUGCUGUGGAGUUGUUGAAUUUUAUCAGCACUCGCCCACAUCUGUACAAAUCCCACACAUUUAAACAUUUUCUUGAAGAAGGAAGAGUCCAGUCAGACUUCAAUAAAAGAGGAUCACUUCUGGGUUCAAAAUCUUCCAAAUCAAAUGUUAUAUCCAGCCCAUUGAAAGGUGAUGCAGAUACCAAAGCUCACAUUACCCCGCCUCAUCUCAAGUUGGAUAACAUGGAGAAAGUCAAACUUGGGCCAGGUGCUCAGUUAGCAGAAAAGCCUGUCGAUGAAAACAAUGACCAAACUGUGCAUUUGGUGCAAGGGAAUGAAGCACUGGGACAGGGACAAAUAGAACAGACCAUUCUAGAAGGCACCUGGAACUUUCCACAAGUAGCAGAUGAUGUAAGCUUGGGCUCAUCCACUGAAGAUGAAAUAGUUGAUGCAGACGAUGAUUUGGUUUCAGCAUCUUCUCUACCUGAUGCAGACCUAACAUCUUUUGACACCAGAAGUCAAAGCUCUGCCAAGGCUGGUAUGGGAAAAAGCAUUUCAGGAAGCACAAAAUGGCUGCAGGAGGGUCUAAACAUUUGUGCAGGUAUGGGAUCUGAAACAAUAAAUAGUGAAUUUGUGCGGGAGCUGCCGACAAAAUUCAUGACAGUAGAAUCCUCAAAUAACAACAGAGAUCCAGCUUUUGAUGCAGAAUCAGUAGUGCCAUCAUCAUUCUCAACACAGGACAACUUUCAGGCAGAUCCAAGUGCUGCAGCAAGUUGUAAGAAUGAUACUGUUGGUAAAAGCAUUGAUGUUGAGGAAUGUGGGUCAGUGAAAGAGGCACUCCAGAGUUCAGGCUCUUCGAAAACAGAGUGUGGCAAAGGGGAUCUAGAUUUGUCUGUGGAAUUACACAUGAGAACAUCCAGUUGUGGCUCUGAUGUAACUACAAGUUCAUGGGGUUAUUAUGUGAAUGCUAUAUGCAGGUCACAGGAUGUUGCGUUCACUCAGACACAUGAUUUGAAUAACACCUUCAGGUCUUCAUUUGAAACAUCUUGGAGUGUUGAAUCUGACAUGUUAGAGGACUCUUCAAAGGUGUUAGGUCAAAAGUCGACACAAACACAGACUUCUAAAAGCUUGUUGAAAAGUCUAGUUUCUGGGAUGUCUGUAUUAAACAGACCAAGAUCAGUAACAGAACAGAGUGUUUCAACAAUGAGCCUUGGUGGAAAAGAUGAUUACAUUUACCGGGCGGCAAACCAGAUAUCAAAGGCUCAGAAUAGUCAAGCCAAUGGAAACUAUGAGGUGGCUUUUGCAUAUUACAAAAGUGGUGUGGGAAUUCUUCUCCAUGGAGUGCAAGGUGACACAAAUAAAUAUAGAAGAGAUGCAGUGAGAAGGAAAACAGCGCAGUAUUUAAUGAAGGCAGAGGACCUCUAUAACAGACAUCUAGCAGAUGACAACAUCGGUGAACUGAGAUGGGGGAUGGACAGCUUUCUUUCACCAUCACUAGAUCCAUCUUUUGCAUUUAUCAGAGGAUCUGCUAAGGAAUUGCGCAAUUUUCAGGUCUUAGGCACAAUUGAUAAAGUGAUUCUCGUGAGACACAAGGUCACAGAUGAGACCUUUGUGAUUAAGUCUAUCCCAAAAUCCACACUGGAUACUGGAUCUGCACAAAGUAUUCUGCCCACAUCAUGUCCAUAUAUGGUUAGCCUGCAUAGGUUUUUUGAAACAGAGGAUUCUGUGUUUUUACUUCUUCAGUAUGCAAGUGGAGGAAAGCUCUGGACGUAUAUAGGAGAUUAUUUGUAUGGUGAGAAAAAUGUUAGAGCCAAUUGUGGUGAAGAAAAAGUGAAUUCUGAAGAUGCUAGAUGUGUGUAUGCAGAAAACAAGUGGGAAACAGCACACGGAAGUGAAAACAUUGAGCAAGGAUAUUCCAGUUCGAAGGAUGUGAUAACAAAUGGUGAAACAAGAAGUGUUGAUCAGAACUUGGGAAGUAGUUUGCAAGCACAACUAUUUGAAUGUUCUGAUACUUUGAGAAUUUCAGAGCUAAGUUCAGAGAUUGGUAAUGUAGAUGCAACAGUUUAUUCAGCGAAAAGUUCUGGUUAUACUGACAGUUUUAGGGGUGCAUAUGAAGAGAAGGGCAGUUGUAGUUUAAAUGGAAGGGACAUUCUUACUAAGUUGAAUUCUGUGAAUUGUGAUUUAGAAGAUAAGAACAUUCUUACUGAUUCAAAUUCAAAUGAGAUGGCUCCAUCAAAUGGCAAAACUUCUUCUGCACUCCAAACGUUUUCAAGUUUUUCAGAUGAGUGUGCAUCUGUCAGUGAGCAGGACAGCAGUGUGAUAUCACCUGUCUCAUUACCAGAUGACAAGAGCUUUCAUUGCUUCCUGCAGAAGAAUCUAGCACCUUCUUAUGCAUUUUCAGCCAACAGUGCUGCCAGCUCUAACACAGAUCACAGGGUUUCAGUGUGUGAGAAAGUUAAUGACAUUUUAGCAGUGAGUGAACAUUGGAACUCACCAGAACAAAUGUCCUCAGACCAGAGUAGCUCUCAUACAGCAUUUUGUCUUUCCAGGAAUGAAGAUAAUUAUGGGGACAAUGUUUAUACAGUCAAUGCUACUGGAAGUGCUGUUAUUGACGACAAUUCUGAAGACAUCAUUACAAAAUCACAAGAAAUUCUUAUAGAUGAGAACAAAGUUAUUGAAGAAAUCAAUAGUAGAUUUAGUUGUUCUCAAUCGCAAAUCAAACCUCCCUGUCAGACUUCAUACAACACUGAAGAAUAUGUAGAUGUUACCAAGAAGUCUUCCAAGGAUAACAUAAGUCAGCAGAGUGACCAAAUAUAUGCUAGUACUUUGUCAGAUAGGUUGUGUGAUGGGGAAGGUCAGAACAGCUUGACUUCAGCUGAAUUUCUCAAUGCAAAAGAUAUAAGUGAUAAUUACCCCAAGAACACUUCACCUUUUUCAUCAGUGCUAAGUGCUACUCCUGUCUUAGACAGAAACAGGAAACAUCAUUCUCAAAGCUUUACUGGUAGCAUGGGUUCACUGUUCAAGCCGGCUGGCACUCCUCAGAGGUUAUCCUUAAGCCACUUGAGUUGCAAAGGUGUGGCCCGAUCUUCAUCGUUUGAGUCUGACUUCCGGUCUCCUUUACGUAAUAGAGCUAGAGAGGUGUCUGAUUCAUUUGAGCAGGUGGAUAUGUCCAGCAAAGACACAGUUCAAAUUCCAGAAUCCUUAAUCAAGAAGUGGAUUGCUCAGAUGGUAACUGCAGUUUCAAGACUUCAUUCAUUGGGUGUCAUUUGCAGAGAUUUAAAACCAAGCAAUGUUCUGCUUGGAGAUGGUGGCCAGGUGUUCUUGACCUAUUUUUGCAACCUAGGGCACGGUGAACAGGAAUUUGACUGGGCUGCAAAAGAGAAUUUUUAUGCUGCACCUG